AUGGCGACUGGAUCUGCUCCGCUGCAGGAAUGGCUCGUUAUCAUCCCGGAUCAUGUUGGUGCGCUGAACAAGCGGCUUGCGGCGCGGCCGAAGCAUUUGGAGGGGUUGAAGAAGGAUAGGGAGGAUUUGUGGUUGUGGGGUGGCGCUAUGCUCGAGGAGCCUAUCGAACCUGGGUCCACUGAUCCGCCCAAGAUGAAGGGUAGUGCCAUGUUGAUUGGUGCAAAGACAAAGGAGGAAGUCAUCGAGAGGGUUAAGAAGGAUGUUUAUGUCGACGAGGGGGUGUGGGAUCUCGAGAAGAUACAGAUUAUUCCGUUUAAGAGCGCGCUGAGGAAGGCUUUGUAG